UUAGUGUAGAUAUGUCAUUUGUCAUAUGCCAUUCGCUAUUAACACUUGCAACGUUUCUUUUAAGAUCGGUGCAUAUAAUUAUAAAAGGAAUACCUAACGCUUGAGUGCCCUAUAUCCCGGCCAUUCACAGUCAGAUACAUACGAAUGCCCUCUAAAAGGGCGCAUCUUUUCCACGUCUUAACGGCAAACCCCACCAGGCCGGAGUGUCCUAUUUUUAAAUUAAAUUUUAAUCAUGAAUAAUAAUUUAUGAGUAUCGUUCCUUUUUAGAAGACAUCAUAGCCUGAAAUUUUUCUAAAGUCAGAGGAACCAUCAACAUGUUUAAACUGAACGUUGUCUUCUUGCUUUUCUUCUUCGCACCUUUAUCAUGUCAGCAGUGCGAGACAUUUGAGUCUGUGGACGGAAUCCGUCUGACUGGACUGUCUUUCUCAACUUUGCAAGCAGAAAACAUUGGUAUUUGCAAUGACAAGUGCGAUGCAGACGAGAAAUGCAAAAGUAUCAACUAUAACAAACUUAGCAAGAAAUGCGAGUUGAACAAGACGAACAAGGACGGGUUUCCUUCACGAGUGGAACAAGCCAAGUCGGCCAUCUUUUCCGAUGUUCGCCGUCACACAGAAGCUGGCAGCUCUGAGGAGGACGCCGUGGCUUCGUGUCUCCAAGUAAAAAAGUUGAAUCCACGGGCUGCCUCGGGGAACUACUGGAUCAGCGUUAAUCCGCCAAAUGCCAUGCGCGUGUUCUGUGAUAUGACCACGGACAGUGGAGGCUGGACCCUAGUCUACAGCUAUCACUUUACUGACUUUGCCAAUUUCAUGGGAACCACAAAUGCUCUCACUCCAGUUCCUGACUGGCCAAUAACUGGGGGAGGCAAAGUAAGCAGCGUGACCCCCCUGAACGAGACCUCGUACUCCGCCAUGAACUUUACCCUUUGGAAGCACAUCGGGAGGGAGUUCAUGGUGAAGUCCAACUUGGCCCACUGGGUUGCCUGUCUUCCUGGUAAAGGUGAUCUGGUUAACUGGAAAGAGGGUUCCAUCACUUGCCGAGUCAUCAAGACCGUAGGGGACAGAUGCCUAGAAGUCGUGCCUUAUCAGAUCGUUAAACAUGGGGAUAUCAAUUGUGGAAUUGCUCUUUACACUGAUGAUCAUUACUUCUUUUUCGAAGGCAGUACCGAUCGAUGCUAUCCUGUGCAUGACUCCUGCGGUAAACGAAAUUUGGUCAGCAAAGGGAGCGCUCUCCCUACAAUCGUACCAAACCCCAGUGGUACCAUCUACCUCAGAUAGGAUAGAACAGCAAUCAACGUACCUAACCCCAGUGGUACCAUCUACUUCAGAUAGGAUAGAACAGCAAUCAACGUAUCUAACCCCAGUGGUACCAUCUACCUCAGAUAGGAUAGAACAGCAAUCAACGUACCAAACCCCAGUGGUACCAUCUACCUCAGAUAGGAUAGAACAGCAAUCAACGUAUCUAACCGCAGUGGUACCAUCUACCCCAGAUAGGAUAGAACAGCAAUCAACGUAUCUAACCGCAGUGGUACCAUCUACUUCAGAUAGGAUAGAACAGCAAUCAACGUAUCUAACCCUAUUGGUACCAUCUACCUCAGAUAUGAUAGAACAGCCAUCAACGUAUCUAACCCCAGUGGUACCAUCUACCUCAGAUAGGAUAGAACAGCAAUCAACGUAUCUAACCCCAUUGGUACCAUCUACCUCAGAUAGGAGAACAUUACAGCUUUCAACGUACCUAACCCCAGUGGUACCAUCUACCUCAGAUAGGAUAGAACAGCAAUCAACGUACCAAACCCCAGUGGUACCAUCUACCUCAGAUAGGAGAACAUUACAGCUUUCAACGUACCUAACCCAGAGGAGUGCAUUAUAGCACUUAACGCACCCCCAGAGAUACCAUCUACCGCAGAUAGGAAAACAUUGUUAGGCCCCAGAACAAGCCGGUAAUCAUCUCACAUACACCGCUAACUUUCCUAUUUCAAAUUUAUAUGUAAAAAGGCAACUUUAGAACCGGGGGGGGGGGAGUAAUUGUUAAUAACCUAAAAAAAAAAAAACAUUUUCUGCAAGGAAAUAGAGAGUAGGGCUGGAAAUACAUCAAACUAUUUUUUACAGCGAUUUUUGCGCUAUUUAGCGGAUUUAGGCAAAAUUUCCAUUUCAGUCAUGACUAGCGUGAAAUAUUCAAAAGGCGAUCCUACACAUACACAUACUUUAAUACAACUGAAUAAAAAAAUACGGGGCAACGAAUUUGGAUUUGUUAUCAUAUAAAUAGCAGCUGGGUAGGAACAUUUUUUUUCUUUAUUUUCUUUUGCUUGAACAGAUCAGAAACAGGUCCAAAAAAUUAUGCAGAUCUCAAAAGGAAAAAGAAUCCCCUUCUUUCGGAUGAUUUGAUCUACCGGUCAAUUUCGAGUCCAGUUUAUAUUUAACUCUACGUAAUUGUUGCGAUGUACACUCUUUUUUUAAAAAAAAACAACUAAUUUUCAAUUGAGGCUGGGCCUCAAUUUAAGGCAAUUUUCUUAAACAAUUAAACAUUUUUCUUAAAAAAAUGUAAUAUACAAUUAAUUAUUAGGUAGAGAAUGACACAAGUUAUCAAUAACAAUAGAAUUUACGUUUGUUAUAAACACAAUUUUAUUCUGCAUUUUAGACAAGAAUCACACUAACAAAGCAAA